ACCAGUUUCUCUUCCCCUGAGUCGCUGGCUACAGAGCCUGAGGAGCGCCAGGCACCACAGUGGAUCCGGAUCCGCGGAGGGUCAGACCCUCUGACCCCCGCGUCCAGGUGAGCCAGGACGCAGCCCCUCCGCGCCGGAGACUUCUAGCACGACCGAGGCCAAGGCGUGGCAGGGGGACCAGAAAGGUUGCCUGCAUGGGGGGCGCCCUGGUAUGGGUGCUGUUGUUGCCGCUGCUGCUGCUGCUGCAUCCAGGCAGCCAGGAAUUGUCGUGCCCCGUGUCCUCGGGGGAUGUGGACUGGACCAGGGAGUUCUCGGACACAUGCCUGAACUUCAGUGGCCAAAGCCUGAGCCUGCUGCCUCAGAACCAGUCUCUGCAGGCCAGCAGUGUGCUUCUUCUCGACCUGUCUGGGAAUGGCCUUCAAGAGCUCCCACCGCUUUUUUUUGCUCACCUGGGAAAGCUGCAGGUCCUGGAUGUGACCAACAACCCCCUGGACCCCGUGGGUAGGGCACUGGCCGAACGCUGUGACCUUGACCUGAGGGCUGACUGCAGCUGUGUCCUAUUACCCUGGCACAAGGUCCGGCGGGACAACUGCUCUGGCUCACUGCCCCUGCGGUGCCUGGAUGUGUCCACCAGUGCCUGGCACAACGUCUCUGCCUUCUUGGAAGUGGGCUGCGCCCCUCGCCUGACCAUGACAACCAUAGGAGCGCUGGUGGCCAGUGGAAGCCUGUUGCUCGUGCUUGCCAUUGCUGGCCCAGCGCUGGCGUGGAGACUCUGUAGACAUCGGGUAGGCAGUAGCCGGGGCAUGAGCAAAACGUGGGCUGCUCAGUGUGGUCCCAGGUCUGGCUCGGGCCAGCAGCCACGGUACAGUAGCCGGGGCCUCAGCCCUAAGCUCCCAGCAGCCACCCGGCCCGGAUCUUCCACUUCUGACUAUGAGAACAUGUUUGUGGGCCAACCAGCUGCCAGGCACCAGUGGGCUGAACACAGGCCUCACCCUUCAGAGGACAGCGACUUCUACAUGAACUAUAAGAGCCUCCACCAUGAUUCCCAGCCUGUCUACUGCAACUUGCAGUCGCUGGGCCAGGCCCCAUUGGAUGAAGAGGAGUAUGUGAUCCCUGGACGCUGAGCCUUCAACAUCUCAAACUCCAGCCUACCCCCUUCCAGGCCACUCGGCUGCUAGAAGUGGAGAAGGAGAGACCCCAACACAGGGAUGGGAGGGUCAACAUGUGAACUCUGUCGUCACCCUCCUGUUGGUGUGCAAGUAUUGCCCAAUAAAUUCUGCGGGACAGAUGAGGCUGCUGGGCUCCCAAGACAAGAGCUCUGGGACUCCCAGAUUGCUCCCAACCCCCAGUCUCUCCCCUCUGUCACUCUCAGGCCCCCUUCUCAGGUGCCUGGUAUCCAGACUUGGCCCCCCAGGGCAGCCCACACUAGCCUCAAAGGGAUCCUUAUAACUCAUGAAUGGGACUGCGCCCCUCCCCUGCUCACGCACACUCUAUGGCUCCCCACUGCCCCCAGAUUCUCAGCCUGGUGGUUGAGACCUGCGUGACCCAGCCCUGCCCAACCCACUGCCCUCUCCCAUUCCUCUGCCUUUCUGGUCUGGGCCUCCUCUCCAUCAAGCUCACUUCCCUCCUGAAGCUUUCAUUUUCUCAUGCCAUUUACCCAUGCCUUUCCUUUUGCCCAAAUUGCCAUCCCCUUCCACGUUUUCUCACUCUUAAGCAUCUGAAUACAGAUGCAGAACUCUGGUCUGGGCAUCAGGAGGCAUGGGUCCACUUCCUGACUCUGCCAUUAACCCUCUGGGCUUCAGUUCCCCCAUCUGUAAA